AGAGAUGGGACCACAUAGCCACCACCACAACCAAGAGGCCAGGAGCCACCAGGGCGCCAGUGAAUCCAUUGGGAAGAGAUUUUGACUUGGCUGAUGCCUUAGAUGAUCGCAAUGACCGAGAUGGUGGCCGUGGGAAACCGAAUGCAGGAGGAGGAGGAGGUUUUUCAGACAAGGAUCUUGAAGACUUAUUGGAGGGUGGCGACUACAAACCUGACAAGGGUAAAGGUGAUGGCCGGUAUGGCAGCAACGAUGACCCUGGGUCUGGCAUGGUGGCAGAAACGGGCACCAUAGCCGGGGUGGCCAGCGCCCUGGCCAUGGCCCUCAUUGGUGCCGUCUCCAGCUAUAUCUCCUACCAGCAGAAGAAGUUCUGCUUCAGCAUCCAGCAUGCGGCAGAAGGUCAAGAGGGUCUCAAUGCAGACUAUGUGAAGGGGGAGAACUUGGAAGCUGUUGUGUGCGAGGAGCCCCAAGUGAAAUACUCAGCGCUGCACACACAGUCUGCAGAGCCGCCCCCGGCCGAGCCGGCCCAGAUCUGAUGGCUCCAUUCAGCGCAGGAACACCCAUGCGGUGCCACUGCUUGUCACCGGCUCCUGUUUUCGUUUGGACCCACAGCUGUUGUGCUGCUCUCUCGAUGUCAUUGGCUCCUUGUUGGUCUGCAUUUUCCAUGAGCUCUGGGCGUCCCUGAGUUUGGGGCCCACCGUGCCUGGGACCUGGUGCUGGAAUUCAAGAGCCGGCUCUGGCGAAAAAGCCAGCCCCAGCCUGGGAGCUCCUGGACCAGCGGUCCCCCAAAGCUGUCUCCCAACUCACUGAGCACGGGGUAGGGGGAGAUAGAGACGGUGACGGGGGUGGGGGGAGAGAGGAUGCUGGUGUGAUGAAGAUGGAGAACAUUUAUGUUUAGGGGACAAGAAUUUCCAAGGGCAGUGUGAUGCCCUUGCACGCU